ACAAACAAAAUAUAAUAACAGACUCCUCUGAACUCUCAUAAUCCUUCAUCUUCCCCAUACACAUACACAGCUAAAAAGCCAAAAACAGAGUGCUGAGAAACACACAUAUAUGUAGCAAGAAAAAAUAACCUCUCCAGUUUCUCUCCACUGUGUGUCUCUGUGUAAGAAAGAGAAAAAGUAUGGGAUUUAAAGCAAUGGGAUUCUUCUUCAUUUUAUUCCCAGAAGAUGAAUCCACCAUUAUCACCAAAAACAAGCAAAAAACAAAUCUUUCUCCAUUAAAAUCCAUCAACACUCUGUUUAGAGCACAAUUGAUAAUCUCAAUUUGUGUUUUUCUCAUCUUCAUCACUUUUCUCCUCUUUACAAUCUCAACUUUUGAACCAUCUUCAAGAUUCAAACUUCAAAAUUCAAAAUCUCCAUCAUUUCAACAACAUGCAUUGCAAGGAAUGGGUACUCUGUUCAGAAAAGGAACAAGAUCCAUGAGUGAUUUAAUUGUAGCCCAUGUAAUUGAAUCUGUCACUGUUCAAGAACUGAAAUUGUUCACAAAACUCAUUUACAGAUCCAAAAUCAGCUCAAAAUCCGACAUUUUGUUCGUUUUCCCGAAAAAAUCCAUUCUUUUUGAAAACACCAUUGUUGAAGAAAACACCUCGUUCUUCAAACUCAUCAAUGGCUACGAAUACAAUUCUACCACUUUCAACUCGACCCAUAAUAAAGCGAAUGCAAAUGAAGAACCCAUCUGGGGUCGCAAAAAACAGAGCAAUUUCAUUGAUGAAGACUACAACAGUACUGAGUCAAUUCAAUUGAGUUAUGGGUCAGUUAUCGGGUUUUACGCCUAUGAACUUGACCCGGAAAAUUCAUUAUCCGGGUUUAUGGAUCAUGUUCCAAUGAAUUUAAGAAGAUGGGCUUGUUAUCCAAUGCUAUUUGGUCGAAUCAGAAGAAAUUUCAAGCAUAUAAUAUUAGUGAAUGUGAAAGAAAUUUUCCUACUCGGUGAUUCACCGAGUCGAAUCAAGAAUCUUAGUCAUGACUCAGUUCUUGUUUUUCGAAGAAAAAACUUCGAAAAAACUCAUAAAAAACAGGCAAGCCCAGAAAUUAUCAUGGGCGGAUUAAGAGGAAUUCGAAGAUUAUCGAAUGCAAUGUUAAUAAAAAUCAUUCAAGAAUCGAUGCAACACAAGAAGAAGAACUCGAUUAACGAGUCAGUUCUGUUCAAUCAACUCAUUGGAAAUGAGUUUAUGCUGAAGAAUGUUGAGUUGAAUUUGGACGAGUCAAUUGUUGAACUGAGUUCACUCAGUGAGUUUGAUAAAAAAUCAGGUUCUUUAUUAAUAUUGAAAUUUUUUAUUAUUAGUCGUGGAAAUAGUAAUGUUGAUAUUAAUUAUGUUAUUAAGAAGUACUUAUGUUCAUAGUGAUUGUUGAUUAGUAGUUAAAUUAAUUACAAAAAAAGGUUAAUUAUAGGAUUAUGUUUAGGCAUUUUUAUAGUGAUUGAUUGUCAUGUAAAUAAUAUUGUAAUAGUAAAUGUUAUAUGGAUUAU